CUUUGUCUGUCUGUUCGUCCGCAAAACCUUUGGUAUAACAUUUGAAUGGUUAGUGUUAGGGCUUUCAUUAUGCACAUGUGUAUUCCUUGUGACAAGACUUUCUUUGGGUACCAAAGUGUUUGAUCUCAUUAUUUUUGAUUUUGACUUACUUUUGAAAAACUUUAACCUUGGCCGUUAUUAGCUUUGCUGCCAUACAGGGGCAUCAGUGUUUCACAAACUCAUCUAUUAUUUCUUUUUUAAUGAAAAUUUGUGAAAAUGUAAGAAUUCAUUACCUCACAGUGCCCAAUGAGAUACUGAUUGAUUAAAAAAGACUUGAGACUCACUCACACACAGUGUGAGUUAUCACAUGUAUGCAUGAUGUCACAUGCACAGUGUAUAUGUACCAUGUUUCUGACUUAUUUAUUAUAUUGUAUUGAGAUGGAAAUGUAUACAACUACACAUAACGUACCAAAGAUUUCAGAAGUACCUUAGAAUUUUAUUUGUACAUGUAUAUUUAUAUUCCAACUUGUUUUCUGUGGCAAAUCUUCAAAAUCUGAAUGUUAUUACAGAACAGCAGCUGCAUCAGUGUUACAUCACUAACCUAAUUUAGCAACCAAUCAUUCUGAUGUCACAUUGCAUUCUAUAACCAAUCAUAUCGAAGUAAUGGCUACUUAAUGGCUGUUAUAUCGUGUUGACUCUCAAGAUAAAAAGUUGUUGGAAAUCUAGAUUUACAUGGAUAUUUAUUUAAUACAUGUAUGAUUUAUACAUCGUUUUGCUCUAACAUACUGAUAUACGUUAAUUAAUUGAUGACUGUUGUGAUCAAUUUAAAUUUUUGAGUGCCAUGAAUAAUAAAUUCAAAACCAAAAUCAUUGUUCACAAAACCUGUACAAAUAAAACAUUGAGAUAAGUCAGAACCAAUAAUGCAUGGUCUGCAUUAAAUAACUAAAUUAAGAGUAUUAACCACUAUAAAGUAUAUAACCUUGGUGUCAGAUUUUUUUUUAUUUGAGAACUUUAUGGAUACAUGUAUGUGGGGAGUUGUAUUUUUGUUGCAUAUUUACAUAUAGGAUUAUGUCAGAUAGUUGUGAAUUUUAAAGUUACAUUUCAUGGUUUGAUAAAAAGUCCCAACCCUAGAAAUAAAUUUUUUCCCAGUAUGUACUACACGUACAUUAUUUACAUAUUAUUCCAACUUUGAAUAUCUACUGCUCAAAUUGUGUGGAUUUUUAUCAUAUGUUGUAUUAAUUUCAUACAUACACUUUUAAUUUUUGUUGUAUAUAUAUUUAGAUGGUGUGUGUGUAGUAGGUGUAUUCCAGUGUUACAAUGAAGCUGUCAGAUAUAUAUGUAUAGUGUAUAUACACCAUAAGAGAAUCUAGCAGAUCUGUACUUCUUUCCAGAUUUAAAAGUGUACCUUAUUUCUCUCCUAUACAUUAGAAGAGAAAGAGGCUGAUAGGUUAGGACUUCCUUUUUAUGCCCCCCUUCAAAGAAGAGGGGCAUAUUGGUUUGCACCUUUCGGUCGGUCACAAUGUCCGUCGGUUGGUAGACCACAUGUUGUCUGCUCAAUAUCUUGAGAACCAUUCAGUUGAUGAUAAUGAUAUUUCAUAUGUGGUUUGCUGAUGAUUAGAAGAGGACCCCUACUGUUUUUCAGGUCAAGGGUCAUUCUACUCUGGACAUAGGAAUAUACUGUCCAUUCAAUAUCUUUAGAAUCUUUUGCUUGACAGACAUCAAACUUGGUACUCUGGUACAUCCUAGGAAGUAGAUGACCCCUAUUGAUUUUGAGGUCACAUGGUCAAAGGUAAAUGGUUAAACUGGACAUAGUAAUAUAUUGUCUCCUAUAUUUUAAGAAUUAUUUGCUUGAUUGAUACCAAACUUGGUACACUGGUACAGCAUAAGGAGUAGAUGACCCCUAUUGAUUUUUAGGUCACAUGGCCAAUCCAAUUUUGACAUAGGAAGAUAUUGUCUGCUCAAUAUUUUGAAUUGAUGAUACAAUAUAUCAAUUAAAUGAUGUGUGUGUAUAACCCUUUUUAAAUUUUGCACCAUGGGGGCAUAUGUGUUUUACAAACAUCUCUUGUUUUUAAAGAAAAGCUACAGCUAUAAGCCUGGUAUUGUUGUUUUGAUAUGGUGAUUGAAUACAUCCAUUUAACUUCCAUUCCGUUUUAGAUGUACAAUCAUUAUUUCCAGCAUGGAUUCACAUGGAGUUACCCCCCUUUUGGAUAGUUAUUUGAACAACUCCAUUACAAAGGGUAACUUUUUAUAUUGUUCAGAGAAAGUGCACAAGAAAUAAUUUCGUUUGCAAGAAGUUCAAGGUCACUGCUAGAUUUUUGCUAGAUUGUUUACCUCAAGUUUUAUUUUGAUUUAAGUUUUAGAAUUUUUAAGAUAUUUAUUUUGAAUACCGGUGGUCAUUGUUAAACUUGCUAUUCUUGUAUAGAAUAUAUAUUUACUGUUAAUUGUUAAUAUUCAGACGUUAUAUUUGUAAUUAUAUGCCUUGAAAUCAUGAAUAAACCAUGUGAUGUGAA